AUGGAUCACGAACAGUACGAUCUCGGUUCAAUGCCUCUGGCCGGCACCUCGACUCCAGACAAGGUUGAACUUCUCGGUAGGAAGGGCUCGCCUGGAGUUAGUGUCUCGAUCGGUGCGACACAAUCCGCUCCUUACUAUCGGCGACAUUCACGAGGUCAUUCUGGGGAAGAACGAUUGAAGUCGAUUGACGAAACCGAGAGUAUGCGAGAUGAAUCGUACGACCUGGUAGAACCAGCAUCGCCGCCGAAGGCUCGCCGUUUUAGCGCAGGGCAAUCCGCUGCUUCGUCGGUGCUCCGGCGUUUGACCACCAAAAUCAAUCCUAUGUCACGAGGCACUUUUCGAUCCACCAAACGUUCUAAAGGCCGGGAGUAUGCAACUCUGGAUGAUGGCGAGGAUGGCCAAGAUGCUAUAGUAGAUAUCUCGUCGUUGGAGGGUAUGGGCUGGGAGCUGACCGACUUGUCAAACCCCGACGCUGAGCGCCUCCAAGAUGAGGAUACCGAGUACGUGCGUGUGAACAAGACUAGCGGAAAACCUGACUUUCGCUCGUUUGUGCAGAAGCGCGCUUCGGUAGGUGACGGAAUGAAGGGGGUAGGCGUGCAACUGCGGCGUGAUCCGACCAGGAUAGUACGAAGAGGGACUGGAGGAAUACGCAGCGCUGACAGCUCGGGCAUCGACCGGAGCAAGACGGUACGCGACCUGGGCCAGGAUCUUGCGCACAAGAAGAACAUGAUCGUCGAGGUCGAAGAAGUGGUUGACUUGAGCACCCUGGAUGGAGGGAAUUCAGAAAAUCGCCAGAGUCGCAGCUUCGACGCCAUGUCCAUGAGGCAAAGCGUCUUGCCCCAAGAAACAAAGAGUUACUUCUUCCCCGAGGAUCCGGACAUCCCCAACUGGAAACCAUGGUCAAUGCGGAGCUGGUAUAUUUGGUCCUUAAUAGUGCUUGCUUUGGGUUUGGCGGGAUUUCAGGAGUACCUGUGUCAGAGAUCCUUCAAAAGCGUCCGGGAAAAGAGCGGCAUCCUCGCGUUCGACGCUGUGGCCGAGAUUUCGACGUGGGACUUCUUUGCGUGGAAGUAUCUUCCCACGAUGAUCACCAUCGUCUACGCCGUCCUGUUCUCGAUCAUGGAUUUCGACAUUCGCCGUCUUGAACCGUUCUAUCAGUUAUCCCGACCGCGAGGAGCCUCAGCAGCGGCCAGCCUAAAUUUGGAUCAUUUGACCAUGUUCCAGUAUUUCGUCCCCUUCAAGGCGUUUAGACUCCGCCAGUGGGCCGUGUUCUUCUCAACCACGGGCAACAUUGUUGCCUCGAUGGUGUCACCUGCCCUACAAAACCCCUCCAUCACCUUUGCCACGAAUCCGGAUCCAAGGUGCAAUGCGGACGGUUGCCCCGGCGAUGAAAAGCAUUAUUGGGUGCGAAUCUCGCCGGGCUGGUCUCGGGCCUUGUCGGCAAGCUAUAUCUUCGUGGCGAUCGUGCUGGUCAUACUGUUCAUUCAGUUGCGGCGCAAGUCUGGAUUGCUCAGCGACCCGAAGGGCAUCGCCGGGAUUGCCUCGAUGGCCACCAAAUCGCACAUCCUCCAAGAUUUCGCCGGAUUGGACGAAGCAAACUGCGCAAAGAUCCACAAACGACUGGCGCAUCGACGAUACGUGCUCUACAAAUCUUCCAUCUGGCAGGGUGAAUGGAGCACUAAGAGUGAGCCGCCGCAGGACAGCGAAAGAAAGCUCACCAGUCCGCAUCCGUUGAUGCUCCAGAUGCAAGCGGCUAUUCCGUUCCUGGCCUUUAUGGUUUUCUGUCUCAUAUCGAUCCCCAUCAUCACGUUGACCAAAGCUAGGGUAGUACCGAAUGCUGCCCCAUGGCUUCCCAUUCUGAUUGCCACUGGCUUGAAGCUGUUCUUCAGCACGUUUGAGUCUGAUGUUCGACUCAUGGAACCCUUUUAUCAGCUCUCCAGAGGAAACGCCAGACCCGAAAAUAGCCUUACGCUGGACUAUCAAGCGACUGUGUACGGGCUUAUGCCCUUCAAAGCCCUGCUUAAUGGCCACUACCUCCUGGCACUGGUGGGGGUAUCCUCGGUGUUGUUGGAUAUCCUGACGGUGACUGUGAGCUCCUUCUCGGUUAACUCGGAGGACUUUAUGCACGUGGGCAGUCACGGGGAGGACAGGUCCAACGGCGACGAGACGUUCGUUUCGUUCUGGACUUCACUCAUUCUGUCGAUGCUCAUCUUACUUUUCGUCAUUUUCACCACGUCACUAGUAUAUUUUCGACGACGACACCCCUUCCUGCCGCGGGAGCCGUCCACCAUUGCAGCAGUAUUGGCCUUCAUCUAUGCUAGCAACAUGCUCACAGAUUUUGUUGAUACAGAGACAUUGAACAACAAGGCCAUGGAAACGAGGCUGAAAAACAUAAACAAGAGGUACGGAUUGGGAUGGUUUAGAGGAAGAGAUGGACAGAUCCACUGCGCGAUCGAUGAGGAGCCAAUGAGGAGUAAAUACGUGCAUGGGAAACCGUAUACGAUGGCGCAGGCGGGACCGUUACAUGAGACAUAUUAUUCAAUUGCAUAA